AACAGCAUUUUAAAAUGUUCUUUAAUACAAAAAAAGCUAUUUAAUUCAUAAACGCAAGCGCAGAUUUCUCAAAGCAAGACUCGAUCAUUGAUAAAACGAGCCCACUACAUCUUCUCUCACGUGCCUGAGCUGUCCAUAAUGCUGGAUUUAUGGGAUCAAUGUGACGAUAUUCCUUCGGCACUCACCAUACUGUCAAAAACGUGGAUGGAUAUACAAGAAAGAUAAUGAAAAAAGUAUUUACAACUUUUGUACGAGAUCACUGAAUAAAACAAAGAUGUCUGCAUUCCAACAUAAUACAUUUAAUCUUCAAAUGGCACAAGACUACUUUGCACACUUAAAUCCGUUAGCCCAACGUAUUGCGUCUGAUAUAAGCAUGACAAAAUUGUCAUAUGGUCAACUUUGGUAUGCAAUGAAGCUAGGCGAGCAAAAUGAUAUUUUAAACGAAACUCUGAUAAAGCCGGAAAUAUCUUUAAUGUAUUUUGAUAAAUUUUCAUCAUCGAUUGCGCCAUUAUCAUCAGACCUAUCAUCAUCCGCCAGUUCAUCAUCUGCUGAUGUAAGGGUUACAAGUGCCGAAAAUAUUUUGCAAAGCUUACCAAGAAGAAAAGAACAAAAAUGCUCUAUUAAAAUUAGUGGUAGCUUAUCAACGAACUCCUUAAUGGAUGCGAUUCGAAAGCAGAGUAAAAAUUUGCUCUCAAAUACCUUAGCUGCCCGAGCUCAACAAACAAUGGCUUUGCAUCUUCAUGGAAAAUUGAGGCCACCAUCGUCGCUACCACCGCCACCACCUAUUGGUAUCGCAAAAGCUUCUAGGGCAGUAAACGCUAACGAAGCUAAAUCCAGCUUGGGGUUGUGUAAAAAGUUGCGUAAUAAGCACGAGAUGACAACUUUCGAUGGAUGUAAUCAUGAUAUAUAUGCCGGACAGAGUGCUGCUCGUAAAAUGGUUUAUGACGACGUGUUGGGGACAUGCCACGACGAACAUUCUCGACCUUUUAGUUAUCGUACAAACUCACAGAAUAACUUGAAACAUUCAAAAGCUACGACCGAUGACAUGUAUUUUCUUUCGAAAGAGCCUCGCAAUGAAAAUAUAACAGCAACUAUAGUUGUCACCAAAAACUACAAACAGCUGCAGCAGGAGCUGAAAAAAACCUUGAAGAGGCAGCUGAAGUAUACUAAGAACGAGAACUACACCAAUGUCACCACUGUUAAUAGGAUUAGUUAUAAAAGAUUAUAUAAUUCGAACGAUAGAGACCCACCUAAAAAUUUCGUUGCGGAUAAAUGCUUGACGCCUAUCCCACAACAAAGAUUAAUGCCUCAGCCUGAUAAAGUAAACUUGAGCCAUUCCUUAAGCAAUACACCGGAUAUUACAUGUUUACGUAAUGUCGAACUAAAGCAGCCUAAUGGUACUUACGCUGACUACACAGAUGCCUACUUCGAAGAAGGUGAGUCUGCAAUCUUCAUGUACAAUUGUAAUAACAGCGAAAUUCCAACUGCAUCCCUAAACUGGUCAUCAGCUAUAUCUGAUGAAGACGAACACAAGAACUACAAGGCGAAAGAUGAUGUGAAAACACUAUGCGAAAAUAUCAAAUUUUUGGAGAACGAUACUAAUUUACGAAAGGGGUUCGAUUUUCUUAACAAUUGGUAGAGUAUUUAUACUAUUAAUCGUAAAAUAAGUAGUAUGCGUACAGAGAAAUAAGUAUUUUGCAUGUGCAGAUGAUUAAGCAAAUCUUGAAAUUUUUAUACAUUAUUUGAAGCUAAUAAAAUUUAAGUUUAAUUAUACAUAAAAAUUCAUCAAACAUUUAUAAUAUUUACAUUGCUCGCAAAAGUGUUUUGUGUUUGUCUAGUAUUGGAGUGUAAAUAUUUGUACAGGUCAUUUAAUAUUCCGUAUAAGAACUUGCAAAUUCUAUAUGUUGAAAAAUAUACUCAUUUUAACAUCAUAGGUUAUAUGUUUGGGAUCAUUAUAAUAUUGAAAUAAAAACU